AGUAGUCACGACUUCUGGGCUGUUGCUAUGGAUGUGAAGUAGUCGCUAGAUGUGACAGUUUGGUGAAUAUUUACGUGAUGGUUAGCACUUACCCAUGUAUGAUCAGCUCGUGUUAAUAAUCUCUAAAUAGCGUGCACGCUUACCUAUGAGAUAAGUUUAUGUUUUUGACGAGUAACGUUAGUCAAGUCGAAAGGAAUUAGACAUACCAAAACAAGAGCUAAUGUUGUUACAUCUGAGUGUGAUUAAAAACCAGCUGUCGCGUUAACACGCUUGUGUCUGUUUAUAUGUCAAGAUGUCUGUGGAGUUGGAUGUAUUUGUUGGAAACACCACCAUAAUGGACAAAGAAGUGUAUCAGCUAUGGCUGAAUGGAUAUACAGUUAAUGAUGCAGUGAAGGUGCGGAUAGAAGGAGGUGUGAUGGAGGAGUGUGAGGCGAGUGCAGAAGUGCUGCUCAGUGACACAAUGGACCAGUACAGGACUUUCCAGAUGUGCGAGAGACUUUUGCACCACCCGGCGAAACUAGCCAAUCAGCUGCUAUUUCAGAUACCACCAGACAGACAAGCCAUGCUCAUUGAAAGGUAUUAUGCUUUUGAUGAUUUGUUUGUUCGAGAGGUUCUGGGAAAGAAGCUCUCCAAAGGAACCAAAAAAGACCUUGAUGAUGUUAGUACAAAGACAGGCAUUACAUUGAAGAGCUGCAGAAGACAGUUUGACAACUUCAAACGAGUGUUCAAAGUGGUGGAAGAACUCAAAGGCCCCCUGGUGGAAAACAUACGGCAACACUUUCUGCUACCUGAUCAAUUAGCCAGAGACUAUGCUGCAAUAGUGUUCUUUGCCAAUAAUCGUUUUGAGACGGGGAAGAAAAAGUUGCAGUAUCUAACCUUCCAGGACUUUGCCUUCUGUGCUGGGCAGCUCAUCAACAACUGGACUCUAGGAGCUGUGGAUAACUUGAUGGAGGACAUGGAUGUAGAUCUGGAUAAGGAAUUCCUUCAAGACCUCAAAGACCUCAAAAUUCUAAUCACAGAUAAGGAUCUCUUAGAUCAACACAAAAGUUUAGUGUGCACUGCUCUGCGGGGGAAAACCAAUGUCUACAAUGAGAUGGAAGCCAAUUUUAAGAAUCUGUCAAGGGGCCUUGUAAAUAUCGCUGCCAAAUUAAUCAACGCAAAAGAUGUUCGUGAUUUCUUCAUCGACCUUGUUGAAAAGUUUAUCGAACCUUGUCGAUCAGACAAAUGGACAUCAAUAGACAUGAACCUCUACCUUACUCAUUAUACUAACUCGGCACAUAUCCUUGACACCUUCAAGCACCAUGCUGUCUGGACCAGGUACAUGGGAGUUAUCAAAAGUUGCAUCCUUAGACUGUACCACGACUAAAGAAGAAUCUCCAUUUCUCUCCCUUACAUUUAUGCAUUUAGGAGAUGCUUUUAUCCAAAGCGACAUACCGUGCAUUCAUGUUAUACAUUUAUUAUUUUACCAGUAUGUGUGUUCCCUGGGAAUCAAACCCAUGACCUUUUGUGCUGCUAACACAACGCUCUACCACUGAGCCACAAGAACAGUUAAUCUUAAUGAUAUCUCAUCUUCUUGCAGUCAUGCAUCUGAUGAUUAUUUGGCCUGAUGUUAAUUUUUUUUUUUUCAGUUUAUCAUCUACUUUUUUUAAUCCUUUCCCAAAUAUGUCCCCCUACCAGCUGUCCAUCUCUUCACCUCCCUCUACCCCUGCUUCAUUCUUUCACUCCUUGGCCUCCAGAACUGUAGGACUUGUAAAUAAACACAGCAUGAUUUCCUCAGA